AUGGCUCUGUUGUGCCUGGCCCUUCUUUGGGCCGAAUUAGAUGCCAGGCUUGUGCGGAUACGCCGCAUUCGUCGGCUGGUGGGCUCCAGUGAGCGAGAUGCCCAGAUCACGGAUUACCGGGUGUCGCCGCUGGACGAGCAGGGAGUCUUCAAGUACGCCUUCAAGACAAGCAAUGGCAUCGAUGUCCAGGCGGCGGGCACUGCCCUGGAGACCAUUGGCAUCUACAGCUACACCUCGCCCGAGGGCGAGGACAUCGAAACGCGCUACAUAGCCGAUGAGCUGGGCUUCCAUGUGGUGGGCAGACACCUGCCCCAGCCGCCGCCCACUCCGGACUACAUCCUGCGAUCCCUCGAAUACAUUCGCACCCACACGGAGGACGGCAAGCUGAAGCCCAAUGUGUUCUAA